GAUAAAUUAUAAUUUAUAAUCAAUAAAAUUUUAUUUUUUUGUUAUAGUUAUAAGUAUAAGUUAUAGGCUAUAGGCAUAGGCCUAGUAGGCUUAAACUUAAGUAGGUUAUAGUGUAGUAUAGACAGUAUAGUUAAUAUUAAUAAGUAUAGUAUUAUUAUCUAUGACUAAUGAAUUAAUGAAAGUGAGAUGAAGUGGCAGCAAAGGAUGAUAAUAAUGUAAUGUAACUUAAUUUUAACUUCAGCCACCAGGGAUUUUUAAUUUUAAAAAUAUGACAAUGUGACUUCUUAAAUCUUAUUUUGAAAGAAAAUCUAUAAUUUGAAUUGAAUUGCAAUAUUAUAGUAUUAUACUCAAUACUAGGGCUUAACCAGGCUGAUCCAGGUGCAGUUUUUUUUACAUCAGCAAUCGGAUUCAGGUAUUUUUAGAAAAUAAAUACCCGGUGGGUCCAAGUCCAAGGGUUACAAGUAAGUAUAAGAGAGUUAACUUCUAAUUUUAUAUAAUGUUUGUUAUGUACCAUUAUAAUUAUAAUGUGUAGAGAAUUUAAUCUCUUAUUUUACUAUAUUGCUUGUGGCAAACAGUACAUAAGAAAGGACGAUACCAUUAAUUAAAUACAGUUAUAAAGAACGAUACCCAAACUAGUGCUAAUAACAAAUAAUAAUUUAUUAAGUUAACUUUACAAUGAAAAAUCAAAUAGAAUAAAAUUAUUCACUUACAGUAUAGCACAAAAAAAAACGCAAUGAACUGGUACCGGUAGGUGCAAUGUUUGGAAGGUGCACACAUUUAUAAUAAAUAGAAUAUUCAAAUCUAUGAUCAGUGCAGUCUAUUACUCUUGCGCUCGACUCGUAUCAUCAUGUUCAGCUCUUUUUCUCUCUUUGUCUCGUAGUCUCCAUCCAUCUCUCUGUCGAUUGGCUUAUUUAUAGUCUUUCAAUGAAACUUUUCCAGAAAGGGGUUACGCAUGGUAUCUGUACCUAGGUGCAUCUCAUAGGUUCCACUAAACUCAACCAUAGGCUGUGUUUAUAUGUAGUCAAGGGAGACAAUUUAUAAUUUAGGCCAUACCCAUUGUCGCCAAACUUGGAGUUCAUGCACGAGAAACAUGAAGUAAACACAAUGUAAACAAGGCAAGCUUUUACCGUAACAAUAGGGCUUAACCAGUUGCAGUUUUUUUUUACACACGGGUCCUGGCAUUUUGAGAAAAUACACGGAAGGUCCAAGUGUUACAAAAAUAAGAGUUAACUUCUCAUUUUCUUUAAUAUAUGAUAAAUGCCGGCCUUUAAACGACAGUCCUACACCCAACCUGCCAGUUUUUAAAAAAUAGUCCUUGAUAACUUUUUUUUUCACUCAGUAAUAUUAAUGUAAAAUAUGUCGAGUAAGGGAAGGGCCAGUUGUGAAAGAGAAACAGUCACACCAGAAGUGAAAUAUAUAAUGUGUAUAAGAGAUUCACUAAUUUCAUCUCAUACACAUAGGUUUUUCCAUUUUCAUUAUAGCAUUCCAGUUUCCACUCCCUGUAACUUAGUGUAACUAGUUACUCUGAUGAAUUUGGUGAAAAAUUUUCAUGAUGAAAUUUUCAUGAUGUAGCCCAAGUACAUCAUUAUCAUAGGCUUAGGGCUCAUCCAUAUAUGUUAGUCUAAGUUGUGGUACAAAUUUUUGAUGGGGGUUAUGAGGGGUACAAAUCUUUCUAAACAAUAUGACAUCAUUAAUAGAAGGCAUGGUUGCCAGCAUGUCUGUUAAAAUCUGCCACUGAAUUACUUGUCCAUAAACGUCCACAAAAAAUUUGUAUGUCAGUAAAAAAAUUGUACAGGUACAAAAAUUUCAGAGACUGUCAUUUAUUCUUGUUUGCUGGUGUAAAUAAUCAUUAUCAGAUGAUAUUUAACUUUAAAUAGAAUAUAAUUUAAAAAAUAGGCUCAAGCUUAAAGUUUCAAGAAUUUUUAUCUCAAAAGUGUGUCCUUUUAAAAAAAGUUAGUCUGUAAAAUUUUGAGGAAAUGUAUAAUAUUAUGGGAAACUUGGGUAGUGCAGGUGGGUGGAGAAUUCCUAAAGGUACGAAAACCAAACACUGACCACCUGCAUAAGUGUAUAAGAUUGCAGCAGGAUGAGUCUAUUACAACUUUGACAGUGAGUCUAGUUAUACCAGUAAAUCAAAGGUAGCUAGUUAAUGAGAAACUUCCAUGCAGUGACAGAGGGAAAUGUCCUGAGCACAGAUGCAUUAAUAAGAUAGUGAUGAGGGAAGUGAUGACUAAUUUGAAGAACGAUAAAAGGGGAUCAUUAAUGGGGACUAAAAUAAGAACUAAGCGCGAGAGCUGUAGAGGACAGUCAUUUGAGAAUUCAGUCAGAGAGUAGAGAGCGUACCGUCGAAGAGUAGAACAGUGCAGUUGACGAACUGACUUGGACAGUAGAGUGAUGAGCUGUGACAAUCAGAACUGAGUACCAGACAUGUGACAGAGAAAGCAAGGGUUAUCAUCCAAACAAAAGUAUCAGAGAGCAGAACUAGAGUGUAAAUUAGUAAAGGUUCUCAACAAUUUUUGUCAGUAAAUGUUAUGUUAUUUAGUUGGCAAUCCUGAUGGAUGGCCCCAAGGCCUUCAGUGUUUAUACUAUGCAAAGGAUUUGCUCCAACUAUUAUCAGUUUGUCUUUUUCUGUAGUUGGCAACCUGCAUUCUUUAAAUGAACAAUUGCUGCUCUUUUCAUUAUUGAACAUUGUUUUUUUAAAAUAUUUUUUAUAUACAUCACUGGACAGCUGUUGGCUAUUUUCAUUAUGUAUCCGGCCCUGCUGCAGCUCCCAAAUAUUUUCUUAGCAGAUAUAAAAUAUUUCUCUUCUCUUAAAAAUGUAUACCUACCUUUGUUCUAUUUAUUGGUCCAAUUCUAGGUCUUUAGCAAACUAACUAAAAAAUGUCACUAAAAAUAGAUUCAUUUAAAAAGUAAGUGGUCCAUGUAAACUUUGAGUUUUUGUCUUCUCUUUUGUUUAUGAAUAUGUUUGUUUUGUUAAAAAUAGUUAUUUAUGGUAGUGGACCUAUAUGCUUUUGAAGAGAGGUGUCACAAAUUUGGGAUGAUGUGUCAUAAAGGUGUCUAAAUUAUGUAUAGGGUAAUAAAUUUGUGACAGUGGGAGAAGCAUGGGGAGUAGUGUAAUAUUGGCAGAAAUAUUGGGUUUUCAUUGUUGUUGUUUUUUUAAAUCUAGCUUCUUCAGCAUUCCCUAACAUUACUCUGUAUUGUUUUUGUCUUUUAAAUGUCAAUUUAUUAUGUAAGGUUAAAAUACAGCAAUCAGAAAGCAAGCUACCAUAAUUUGCAAAUGGAGCAGUAUAACAUUCUUGGAAGGAUUGGAGAGGGUGCUCAUGGAAUAGUACUCAAAGCUAAGCACAUUGAGGUCAGUGUCUAUGUUAUGAAUGAAUUAAAACUUGAUUUAAUUUCCAAAUAGUAGCAAAUAAAUGUGCAUAAUUUUAUUGUCGAAACUAGUAGUCCGGAUCUAAAAUUUAUCCUAUUCAUUUGUAACUAACAGUAACAUCUUAUGCUGAACUAAAAUAAACUGUCUGUUCCAAAGUGUAUGCAAUGAAAAUAUUUAAACUCCCUUUGCUUAACUAAUUUUUUUUUUCUUUGUGAUAUACAAAUAAACUUUCCUGAGCCAGAUUAGUCCUAGUUAGCUAGUAUAAAAUAAGAUAGGUGCUUUUAUUGAUCCUUAUAAUGGAAAUUUGAUAUUUUCACAAACCAAAGCUUGUUUUAUUCAACAGCUAAAAUUUGGAAUUACCUAUUACUCCAUUUUCAAUAAAUCAGAUCUUUAUCCUUUAUUAAACAUCAGCUUAAUGCUCACAUCACUUUCACUGCAUGAAAUUUGUGUGUGCCUUUAAAAAUAAAAAAGUUAAAUCCAUUUUUUGAAAUUAGCGUUGAAGCUGUUACUUUAUGCAUAUGAAUGAAUGUGAUGUCUUUUAUUAUGCUCAUUGUUCCAUUUCAAAGAGCUAAUGGUGUGUUUUUUCUGUGAAUGUUGAGAAAUCAAAUUCCUGAUUUGAACAUUUUAGGUUUAGAUAUCAGUAAUCAUAGAUCUUAUUUCUCUACUAAGAGGCAACUAUAGCUAUUACCUGUCUUAAAUGAUGGAUAUUUUCAGAAAUUGAAUAUUUUAGAUACCAUACUCAAAACUGGAUGAACUAAUUCCUUAAUGUUAAUAAUGUAAGAAUUUUUUUAAUAAAAAAUAUAACACAAAUUGCUUAUUCUGAACAUGAAAAGCUGUGCUAAAAGUUGUAUCUCUUGCUAACAAUUAGUGUGCUCUAAAUUGUUGCAAGAACCAUUUAAUUUAACAGGUUGAUUCUCUUUGUGUUAUAUCUGAUACUAAGGGAAAUCCUAUUUCAUGUUACUUAUAACUGCUACCAGUACCAGUAUAUCAAAAAUAGGUAAAACUUAAAAUUAAAAGUAAUUUGUUCUUCGUCUUUUGCAGAAGGAAUUUUUAAUGUGUGAAUCUUUUAUUUCAGAGUGGUGAAGUUGUAGCUUUGAAAAAAGUACCACUGCGAAAUCCAGAGGAAGGCAUUCCUAAUACAGCCUUGAGGUGAUUAAUUAAGAUAACUUUUCAUGGUUCAUAAUACAGUUUCAAUUUAAUCUACAGCUGUUCAAAGACAAUACUGUAAACCAAUAAAAUAACGAAAAACAGAUGAAAAUAAGGCUCUCAUUCUCAUAUUAAACAAUGCUACGAUCUGUGAAACUUUAAACUUUAAUAACUUUAAUCAGAAUUUAAAUUUGGGUAACAAGAAUUGAUUUUCGAAAUCUGUUUCAAAAAUUAUUUUUAUCAUAAUACGGUUAAUAGAAAAAAUAAUAAAAAAUACAUAUUUUUAAAUAAAAUUAUUAAAAUAAUAAUCCAAUAAGUAGUGUAUUUUUAUAAAUAUUCAAUAAAGACAUACUUUUAACAUAACUAAAGAUGAAAAUUAGUAGGCUACUCACUAAUGCUCCGCGUAUCUGACCAUACUGCACUCUGUAUUUAUACCAGCUUACUGGUGUAAAAACCGGAUGUUUUCGUGGAGAGAAGUGGUCGUCUUGUUAUUGCAAGCAUUUAUUGUGUGCUAGGUUUCAAGAAGUUAACAGGUCACCCUCUCUCAUAAUUUGUGCCGCGCCCCCCCCCCCCCCCCCCCCCAUUAAGGACCACUACAAUGUAUUGAGAAUACAUACUCUCCCUGGAUGAUACCUGUACUCUUUUAUAAUAUAUCAUAUUGAUCUGACAUGGCUGUGGGGAAGAGUUUGGAAUGCAUUGCAAAUAGGGGUCAAGUACUUGGGGGAAAAAUGUGGGAAUUUAAUUAAUCCCCCAAAAUAAAUAUGUAUCUAUUUCUUAGCAAAAAAAAACAAGUACAGUAACGCCGUUUACAAGUGUUCCAGCAGGACUAGAGCCCUAAUUGUAAAAACCAGUUUGCAAAAACAAACACUGUAAUAACAUCACUACUAACAACACAUUUUUAUAAAACCUUUUAGUUACAGUAUAUUUGUCUGUCCUUUUAGAGAAAUCAAAGCUCUUCAACAGAUAGAGAAUAAUCCUUAUGUAAGUAUCCUCAUUUAUAUGAAUACCAAUACAUUAAUAUCUGUGCUUGAAUUAAAUUAGAUUAAAUUUUGUCUUAUAAUUUGGUUUUAUUUUCCUCUACAAAAUAAUUUGGUUAAUUAGCUCUAUUGCAACCCUUUUUAAAAUAUGUUAUAAAAGAUUGUUAUUUUCAUCAAUAGGCUUAGACAACACGAUAGGUUCUAUGUGAAUUGGUCUAGCUUUGUAGCAAUAGCCCUCAUAGUCCAUACUGAAAUAUCGGUGGAUUUAAAAUUAAUAAUAUCCAAUCCAUUCAAGGCCGGUGAGAUUUAUCCAGAAAGUUCGAUAAUUUAAAAAAGCUAUCUAUGUCAUUUUAUAACCGAUCAUCGGGACAACUUUUGAAUUUUAACUUUACUAUUAAUAGUAUUUCUCUGACUGAUUUUUAUAGGGCCCCCUAUCUCAGGCAGAACUAAAUUGAUACACUUAUGGCCCUCUUUCAACGUAAAUAUACUGUAUUUAUAGUUGUGCAUUUAGUUUUUAUUAAAAAAAUAAUUACGCAGAGAAGUCGUUUUUUUACUCAUUUCGAGUAGGAUAUUCAAUUUAAUCUAGAAUAUGUUUAGUUUAGUUCUGUUCUAUCUUGGGGAUUUUUGCUAAACAUACCCUUCAUUAACAACAUACCCUUCAUUAACCUCCCGGGGACAAAAUCCCACUGGGAACAUGAUCCCACCGAAGAACAGGAUCCAACAGUAAACUGGAAUCCACCGGUAACGCGAUUCCAUUGGGUAAUGGGAUCACACCAGGAUCGGGAUCCCAUGGACAUCAGGAUUCCACCGGUAUUGGGAUCGAGAUCCAAAGGGAUAAGGAUCGGCAUCCCACAGAGACUGUGAUCUAGAGACCGACCGAAAGUGAUUUUCCGAUUUCGGCCGAAGCCGAAAAUAGGCCGAAAGUUUAAAAUUACUUUCGGCCGAAACCGAAAAAAGGCCGAAAGUUUAAAAAUGACUUUCGGCCGAAACCGAAAAAAGGCCGAAAAGUUAUAAAUGAAUUUCGGCCGAAACCGAAAAUGAAAUAUUAAGAUAUUUUGAAAUUCGUUCCCACAUACAUUCCGCAUACAUCGAAAAUGAUGUGGAAAAGUAUAAAUGUUUACAUUCUUUUUAUAAAAAAUAAGAUAAUCGUAAAUAAACAUCUAAUAUAGGGGUCACAAACUCGCGGCCCACGAGCCACUUGUGACCCGCAUGACGAUAUUUUGCGGCCCGCUACAUGACAGAAAAGUUUAGUGUAAAUGCGUCGGCCCGUUUCCCCCAUUCUCAUAUCUAUAACGUGACUCUCCGCGACGGUUUCAGUCGAAUCUCACCGACUAGUCUAAUUCUGAUUAUUUUUUUUUUUAUGUUUCUAACUAUUUUUGUAUGCCAGGUCUCUGGCAACAGUGAGUAGUUCUUAAGAACCCUUAAUGACUUUAUUGUUAUUUAUAAAGGUUGAGCAGAUUGUAACAGUUGUAAUCGCUUUUUUGUGGAUUACUUGAUGCGGCCCACUCUCAUUCAGACACUACCUCCUGCGCCCACCCCCCCCCCCUAAACAUGAUUUGAGUUUGAGACCCUUGAUCUAAUGAAUACUUUGGAUUUUACCAUUUUAAUAUAAAAGUAAUUUAAAUUGCUUUACCAUUUUUAAAAAAUUAGUAUGGUAGGAGAAAAUUUGGCAAAAAAUUGGGGAGUGAGGGAGGAGGGGAAAUUAAUGAAAAAUAUUAUUUUUUUAAACAGGGUCUCUAAAAAUGUGGUUCUAAAAGAUCGCUUAAUUUGUUUCUAAAGAUCGUUUAGUUGGUUGUUAUUGAUCGGUUAGUUUGUUCUUAAAAAUCGGUUAGUUUGUUCAUAAAGAUCGCUUAGUUUGUUGUUAAAGAUCGUUUAGUUUGCUGUUAAAGAUAGUUUAGUUUGUUGUUAAAGGUUGUUUAGUUUGUUGUUAAAGAUCGUUUAGUUUGCUGUUAAAGAUCGUUUAGUUUGUUGUUAAAGAUCGCUUAGUUUGUUGUUAAAGUUGUUCUUAAAGAUUGCUUAGUUUUUUGUUAAAGGUUGUUUAGUUUGUUGUUAAAGGUUGUUUAGUUUGUUGUUAAAGAUCGUUUAGUUUGUUGUUAAAGAUCGCUCAGUUUGUUGUUAAAGAUCGUUUAGUUUGUUGUUCAAGAUUGUUUAGUUUGUUGUUAAAGAUCUGUUAGUUUGUUCUUAAAGAUCGCUUAGUUUGUUGUUAAAGAUCAUCCAUUUUUUGUUAAUGAUGGCUUUAUUUUUUUUUAAAAGAUCGGUUAGUUUGUUCAUAAAGAUCGCUUAGUUUUUUGUUAAAGAUCGCUUAGUUUUUUGUUAAAGAUCGCUUAGUUUGUUGUAAAGAUCGCUUUGUUUUUUCAUAAAGAUCGCUUAGUUUGUUCUUAAAGAUAAUUGAUUGUGUUCCUUAAGAUUGAUUAGUUUGUUCUUAAAGAUCUUUUAGUUUGUUCCUAAAAAACAUUUAUUUUUCUGUUAAAGAUAGCUUAGUUUAUUCUUAUAAAUCAUUUAGUUUACUAUUAAAGAUCAUUUGUUUUGUUCUUAAAGAUCAUUUAGUUCGGUCUUAAAAAUCGUUUAUUUUGUUCUUUAAGAUCGUUCAGUUUGUUAUUAAAGAUCGCUUAUUUUGUUUUAAAGAUCGUUUAGUUUGUUCUUAAAUGUCCCUUAGAUUGUUGUUAAAUAUCGUUUAGUUUGUUCUCAAAGAUCGCUUAAUUUGUUCUUAAAUGUCACUUAGUUUCUUGUUAAAUAUCGCUUUCGCUGAGUAUUAAAUGACCGAAAACCUGAGUCAAUUUGGGCCGGAUGGCCGAAAGUCUAUGUCAAUUUCGGCCGAAACCGAAGAAAAACCGAAAGUUAACUUUUCUAUUUCGGCCGAAACCGAAAUUAAGCCGAAAGUUAACUUUUCAGUUUCAGCCGAAACCGAAACUUGGCCGAAAGUGAUAAAAUGGCCACUUUCGGCACCGAAACCGAAGCCGAAAUUCGGUCGGCCUCUAAUGUGAUCCCUCUGAGAUAGGGAAUCCGAUCACAUCGGGGACCAAAAGGUUUACUAAAGUUAUUAUACAAGUGUUUUUAUAGGAGACAAAUUAAAAUUAUUAAAUUUUUUUUACUAUAGGGUUUUUUUUUUCACAUGGCGCUUAAUUUCAAUGUUAAUUAAAAGGCUGUGGUAGAAGUUUUUUUUUUUCCAAAUGCAAACCCGGGAAACGCUGGGUUCAUUAGCCAGUAAUAAUUAUUUGCUAAGUUCAUAACCCCUUAAGAGUUCCUUCUCGAUAAUGAUGGAUAUAUGUGCCAAGUUUGGUCAAGAUCCAUCAAUCCAUGUAAAAGCCUUUGUGGAACAAACGAACUUUCACUUUUUUAUAUAUAUAUGAUAUAUGAUAACAAAGUUUUAUCCGAUAUUAUAUUUUGUGAGUCACUGAAAUUAUAUAAUUAACCAAUUUAUUUUUACAGGUUGUCAGACUUCGAGAAGUUUUCCCUCAUGGCUCUGUGAUUGUAUUUGUGUUUGAGUUCAUGUUAUCAGAUUUGUCUGAAGUUAUUAGAAAAGUUGAGAAACCUCUUACAGAAGCACAAGUCAAAUCUUACAUGUUAAUGCUGUUGAAGGGCAUUGCCUUCUGCCAUGAAAACAAUAUUAUGCACAGAGUAAAUAUAUUAAAUUUAUGCUUCUCUGUUGAAAUGACCAUAAUUUGUUUGUUUUUUUAAAACAACUGAAAAGUGUUUAACAUGAAGUUUAUUUUAAAAGAAAAAAACUUUUUGGAGCUAAACAUUUUGAUUCAAACAUUUGUUGGUUUUCUAAGUUUUCUCUAUCUUUGUGUGAUGAUUUUUUUUCUCAGGAUUUAAAGCCAGCAAACUUAUUGAUAAGUUCUACCGGUCAUUUGAAAAUUGCAGACUUUGGAUUAGCUCGUGUAUUUCAAAAUAAAGGUGAUCGCCAAUAUAGUCAUCAGGUUGCUACAAGGUAAUAUGGCUAAAAAUUUUUUUUUUAUUUUUUCAAUGUAUUUGUUUUACUGCCAGUACUACUGAACUGUUAAAAGAAAAUUAUACUGUAAAUUGAGAUUUCUUAAAUUUUUGUAGCCCUUAACUUAUAAAAAUAUGUAUUAUACAAUUUUUAGGUGGUACAGAGCCCCAGAGUUACUAUAUGGAGCUAGGAAAUAUGAUGAAGGGGUUGAUUUGUGGUAAGAAGAAAAGGUCUUCAAUGUCUUCUUUUCAUUUAAUUAGAAUAUAAUUUAUGUAUUUUAAGGAUUAUUCAGUAUUCAAAAUUCACUGUAUCCCAAUUUGUUAAAAUUCAAUAGAGAAUAAUUUAUAACAAUAAAUCUAAGGACAUGGCCAUGAUUAUAAGGUUGCUAGUCAGAAUAAUUUCUUGUGUUUAUAAUUUUUUGGUUAAAGAAAGUUAAAUUUAAAAGUAUUUAAAUUUCAUAUUUACUAUUUUCCUCCUAUUAAUGAAAAUAUGACAUCUUUACAUUGCCUGAAUACAAAAAUAUUUCAUAUAUGUGAAGCAACAUUGAUUUCAACAAUAAUUCUUUUUUUAAAUGUAAAAUUUGUUUAUCUUUCUGAAAAUGAAAAGCACAAAAAUAAUUUUACAAAAAAUACUUUUCUUAAUCAGACAGCUAACAUAUUAUUUAUAUUAUUCUCCACCAUGUAAUUAAGUAACUAUUAUAUAUUGCAUUGAUAUAAUUAUAAACUGAACAUUCAAUUUAUGGGGUAAUGUACUUCGCUUUUAGGGCUGUGGGCUGUAUAUUUGGUGAACUGCUAAACAAUACUCCCAUAUUUCCAGUGAGUAAAAAAACUGAUUUUAACUUUAACAAGGUUUCAUAGAAAUUGUUUCUAUACAUUUUAUAAUGUCAAUUCCAAAUACUUACACUUACCGGUACUUGAAUGCAUUUCUGUCUUUGUUUCGGAUACAAAACAUUUGUGACUGUCCGUAGUGUCAGGGAUACCGUCAUUUGAUAAAUUAGUGUACAUUAUUCAAAUUGUGCAUAAAAUUUGUUUAUUAUGAACAUUAUGGUAUGGUAAUCCAAAUCUUUUAAAAUGUUAUAAUUCACAUACCUCGUUUUUCUAUUUCAUUCAUUAUAAUUCACAGCAUGAUAAUGAUAGUAAAUGUUCAUAACAAAAUCUGCUUAGCAAUUAUAUUUAGCAAAAAAUGUAAUUAAUUUAAUUACAAUUUAAUUACCGGCACUAUAAAAUGCUAUUAGGAUUUUUAAAUGCUCUAUUUUUUGCAGGGUGAAACAGACAUUGAACAGUUAUGUUUGGUCAUCAGGGUUUUAGGAACACCAAAUGAAAAGACAUGGCCAGUAUGUAUUGAUUGUGUUACAAUGAAUAAGACAACUAAGAGUACUUUCCCUUUAUGCUGUUUUUUUAAAAAUGAAAAUAAACCAAAUUUUUCUCUUAUUGCAUAAAUUAAAUUAUGUUUAAUUAUUUCAUUAAUUUAAAUUUCUUAAAAUAUAAAAGUUUUAAAAAAAAUUAACGUCAGGGUAACUGUACCGGUAAAUAUAACUAACAUGUACUAUUUGCAUUUAGGGCAUGUCAAAAUUAGAUCUUCCAGACUUCCAUAAAAUCUCUUUUCCUGAUAAUGCCCCCAUACCAUUAGAGGAGAUUGUUCCUGAUGCUUCAAAGGAAGCCCUAGAUCUUCUCAAACAAUUUCUUGUAUAUCCUAGUAAACAGAGAAUAUCUGCAAAGAAGGUAUAUCCUUUUUUAAAAAUAUAUGUACUCCCUUAUUUAUACAUUUAAAUACUGAUAGUGCAGUUUAACACAUCUGAUACUUUUUUAUUUUCAAAGGCUACUAGUCUUUUGAGUAAAGAGCAUCUAUUAGAGAAUAUUUAAUAAUUUAUCAGAAGCUUUGUUUAAUGAAAUAUAUUUGAAGUUACAAUUUAUCAUGCAUUGUUUUAUUACGUAGAGUAGAAACAACCGACAUCUUUUUACAUUCUGAAAAGUUAUCAUUCUUUGAUGCAGCAUUUCCAUUCACAGGCAUUGCUACAUCCAUAUUUUUUCACUGAACCUUUGCCAGCCCACCAUUCUGAAUUGCCCAUACCACAGAGAACAAGUCGUAAAAGUGGUUUACAACUUAAACAUCAAACUCAUGAAUAUAGCCUUGAAAUACUUGUAGCAGAGUCACUUAUUGAUCCUGCUUUGUUGGCCCCGCAUGUUGCCUGCCUAAAAUGAAUUCUAUGUUUUACUAGUUUUAGUUAAAUUAAAUGGCCUUUGACUUCGAAUUAAUGUCAAUAAACAAAAGGACUCCGGCAUUCUUCUUAAUAAUCUUAAUUAAGGAAAGUGACAGAUUAUGCCUAUAGUGCUAAUUGUAUCAAUUAUUCAUUAAUUCACUUUCAAUUUCAAGUGUUUGUUUUCAGUAAUUAAUUAGAACAAAAUAUAAUGAAAUAACUGAAAUCCUUUUUAUAACAGAUUCUUUAUGCAUUUAUUUAAAAACAAUGUUCUAAAAAUAACAUGAAAGCCAACUCUAGAAAAAAAAAUUUUGUUGAUUCAAUUAAAUGUUUUGGUGUAGAAAAAGAACUAAAAAGUAGUUCCAACUUCAACUACCUUUUUUAUUUUUAUUUUAAAAAAUUUUUUGUUACCGUUACACAUAAGAAUUUAUUUACCUAACUUUUAAACGCACUCAAAAAAUAUCAAGAGAUAAUAUAAUAUAUCCAAGAACUUGCAUUGGGUAUUUAUUUUUAUAAGUAAACAAAUUUAAAAUAAUAUUGUUACCAGUAACCUUAAAAUGGUUUAAGUUAGUUAGACUUUAAGACAUCUUGCAAACAAAUGUUUCUAAACUUUGAACCAUAGGCUUUAUGACAGCUGUUGCAAUUACAUACCUAUAAAAUUAAGAUUCAAUUGCAUUAGUCAUAUAAAUCAAACUAAUAAUAGUAGUAACAAAAGAAAUAAUCUAACCUUUAUUUUAAUUAAUAGUUUUUAAUGAUUAUAUUAUUUUAAAAUUCAGAGACCCCCCCCCCCCGAGAUCAGGGUUUCUCAAACUGGUGUACAGAUAUUUAUAAAUGUCACUAAAACUUUUCUGUAUUACCGUUUUAAUAUAUGUGACAGACCACAAAUUUCUAGUUCACUUUGUUAUUAUAAAUAUAUUUAUUUUAAAAGCCAUGUUACUUUUAUAGGGAGUUUGAGACUUGGUCAAACACAUUAUUGGGGGUUCAGUAAAGGUUGGGAAACCCAGCUCUAGAUAACAAGUCAUUUUAUUCUUCAGAAAGCAAUGAAGUUAAUCAUAACUAAUUACUACCUGUACGAAAACAGAUGUGAUGGGUAUUAGUAAUAUUAUUUUAACUGCCUGUCCAAAAUGAAAGGAUAGUCUUUUCCAGUUCAAUUUUUGUAAUUUAUUCAUUGAAUGCAAUGGUGUAUAAAAAAGCUUAAUAAAAGACAAUUACUUUUUCCAUUGCAGUUUGCAUGUUUUUUUCUUGGUCAUCCAAUCUAAAUUAAAAUUGGCUUGAGCAAAUAAUUAAGCAAAAUAAAGAAUUGUUUUUGCUGAAAAUAAAAUAACCAGCAUACAAGAGAAGUUUGAACUUUGUUUUGUCAAUGAUUUUGAUAUUUCCCACUAUAGUUCUAUUUUUAGAUUGCCACCAAAUGAAUUUGCAUGGUUCAAAACAUUUCAACUGUUUGCAUCAGGUUGCAAUUUAAGUCACAUUCACAAAGUUCAGAAAAACCAGUCCAGAAAAUGAUACAUAAAAUUAGUUUCCAUUCACAUAAAUAGCAACUCAUAGUUUUUAAAUUGCCUUAAAAAUUAAUUUUAUAAAGACAGGUUGUUUCAUUCUACACAAAUGUGAGCAUGCCUUGUAAGUUCACAUAUGAUCUUUUCAGUUUCUUAUAAGGAGCCAUCCAUAUAUUACAUACUGGUACAAGUAUGAAAACAAGAAAUCAAAGGCACCCAUUCAUUUUUGGACAAACCCACUACUACAUGAGUGCCGGUAUAUAAACUUAGUUUAAUUGCAGUGUAUGAUGUUAUAAUUGUCUUAAGUCACUGUAAAUUGUACUAAAAAAUAUGUCAUGAU